UGACUCUGCCGUCUCCCUUUACAUACGCAGCAAGCAUCUGCCACUCUGGGGCUUGAAAUGCCAUUUGCCACGCCUAACCCGUCCCAGACCACUCUAGCACGCCCCCUGGAGGAGCCGGGUGGGAAAGGGGCCGCUGGCACGCAGCGCUUCUCCCACUUCUCUAGGGGCGGGAGAAAGGGCUGAAAGCCCGCCCGGGGCGGGGGGGGAGUCCCCUUGGUGGCCUCGUCGGGAGCAAUUCUAGGGAGUGGAAUCACCCGCUCCGCAUGGGAGGGGCGGUACCCCGUCCGGAAGAAGCCUGCGGCGGCGCAGAGGUGCCAGCAGGGGGCGCGGGCCGAAGGGCCACCCCCGGGCUAAAGGCCGGUGGUCCCUCCCAAGUCUGGAGUGCGGCGUGGCCUCGCAGCCCGAUUCCCCCCCCCCCCCGCCCUCCCCCCUCUCACUCUCACCUAGUCACCUCCCCGCCUAGUCGGCGGGCCCCUGAGGUGCGCGGCGCAGGCGCGGAGCGAGGCGGUGAGUGCGGCAGCAAGCCUGGGCCUAGGGCCUGGCGGGCAGGGCGUGAGGCGCGCGGGAGGGAGAGGGGCUGCCCCGCAGGAGCGCCCGGGAGCGCGAGGGCCACAGUGGCGCGGCCCCUCCUCCCGCGCUCGGGCGCCUUGGCCGCCGCCGCCUCGGAGCUGCGCCUGGGCUGGCCGGACAGGCCCUGGGGUCCCGGCUAUUUUUUUACCAUCUGUGAAAACUUCCCUGUAAUUCAUUUCUCCUCACCACAGUAUUAAGAAUUAUACCAAAUUGAAAAGAUAUGAAUGAAUAUCCUAAAAAAAGAAAAAGGAAGACAUUACACCCUUCUCGUUACUCAGAUUCCUCUGGAAUAAGCAGAAUUGCAGAUGGAUUCAAUGGAAUUUUUUCUGAUCAUUGUUACAGUGUUUGUUCUAUGAGACAACCAGACUUAAAAUAUUUUGACAACAAAGAUGAUGAUUCUGAUACAGAGACAUCAAAUGACUUGCCAAAAUUUACAGAUGGGAUCAAGGCCAGAAAUAGAAAUCAGAACUACCUGGUUCCCAGUCCUGUACUUAGAAUUCUAGACCACACUGCCUUUUCUACAGAAAAAUCUGCUGAUAUUGAAAUUUGUGAUGAAGAGUGUGACUCACCUGAAUCAGUCAACCAACAAACACAAGAAGAGAGUCCUAUAGAAGUUCACACCGCUGAAGAUGUUCCAAUUGCUGCAGAAGUGCAUGCAAUUUCUGAAGAUUAUGAUAUAGAAACAGAAAACAAUUCCUCUGAGAGUCUCCAAGACCAAACUGAUGAGGAGCCGCCAUCUAAACUUUGCAAAAUUCUUGACAAGAGCCAAGCUUUGAAUGUGACUGCCCAGCAGAAGUGGCCUUUACUGAGAGCUAAUAGCAGUGGCCUCUAUAAAUGUGAACUUUGUGAGUUCAACAGCAAAUAUUUUUCUGACUUAAAGCAGCAUAUGAUCCUGAAGCAUAAGCGUACUGAUUCAAAUGUAUGUCGAGUAUGCAAGGAAAGUUUCUCUACCAAUGUGCUUCUGAUCGAGCACGCCAAACUGCAUGAAGAGGAUCCCUACAUUUGUAAAUACUGUGAUUAUAAAACAGUGAUUUUUGAGAACCUCAGCCAGCACAUUGCAGACACCCAUUUUAGUGACCACCUUUAUUGGUGUGAGCAGUGUGAUGUACAGUUCUCCUCAAGCAGUGAACUCUACCUACAUUUCCAGGAGCACAGCUGUGAUGAACAGUACUUGUGUCAGUUUUGUGAACAUGAAACAAAUGAUCCAGAAGACUUGCAUAGCCACGUGAGUAACCUGAGACCAAGAAUUGGAAUCAUACCCAUCAAAUGUAAUUUCUGGGUUGCCUCUUCUUUUUAUGGCCUUAUUCCUGUUUCUGAAACGUAUUCCUCAGACAAAAUCUAUGGUUAAUUACCCUCAUCUUUGCAACUCUUACACACCUCCAUUUGAGUCUCCAGAAGGUCUAAAAGAGUAAAGUUUUCCCAAUGAACAAGGUGAGAGUAAAUUUGUUUUCUUUAAUUCUUCUAUUCUCCUAACUUAAAAUAAGUUACUUCCUUCAUACCAUAUACCACAUCACUUUUUUCUAUACCCUCUAAAUAUUUUAUAUGUUCCAAUCUAACAGCUGUUUGGCUGUACUGAAUUUAUAAAUUUCAGCAUAUCUAUCUUGGAUUGUAUGAAGCAGAAUAUCAUGGCACAGAUCUUAGUAAAUACUUCUUUAUGGUUACAAGAUUAUAGUUAAAUUCCUUAUGGCACUGAUCAGUUUUCUUUACUGAAUAAUUAAAAUGCUCAGGUAGAGGAACUAGCCUAGAAUGACAGAAUAUUAGUCUAUCUGGGAGGGACCUCAGAGGUCAUCUAAUCCAAACUCAAGUGCACAACAUAUAAACAUAAUUGUAUGUGGUAUAAGUUUUAUUUUCAUGGUUGUAAAUUAUAUGUUAACUAUCACAUCAAAUCUGAUUAUUAAUAUUUUUACUUAGGACAAAACUGAUUUUUUAAGAAAAAAACAAAUUGAUUUGAAGAAAAAUAUGAAGUAAAUAAUAAUGAUACAUGGGCAUGGAAAAAGGACUGUAGGUGAUACAUGAAAGACUAAAAUUUGAGAAUACAAAAUCCUGAUCUAAGCUUCUUGUUUAUAGCUUAGAAAAAUGGUUCUCUAAUACCAUUAGUCAAAUGUUUUUUAAGCUAGAGUAAACAAAACUUCUAAUUCCCCACUACACUUCAAAAAAUUUUCUUUAGAAAAAUAAAAUGUGCCCUAUUUGGGGGGCACUUGGGUGGCUCAGUUGGUUAAGCCUCCAACUUCAGCUCAGGUCAUGAUCUCAUAGUUCAUGAGUCAAGCCCCAUGUCAGGCUCUGUGCUGACAGCUCAGAGCCUGGAGCCUGCUUCAGAUUCUGUAUCUCCCUCUUUCUGACCCUCCCUAACUCAUUCUCUCUCUCUCUCUCUCUCUCUCUCUCUCUCUCUCUCUCUCUCUCUUUCUGUCUCCUCUGUCCCAAAAAAGUAAUAAAUAUUAAAAAAAAUUUUUUUAAAUGUGCCCAUUUUUUUCACAAAAUGUUAUACCAGACACCUAAAGAGAGAAGAUGACAUAUUAGAGAGUACUGGACCAAAGCAUAUGACUUUGAUAUUUGAUCCCUGUUUGCUAACUAUAAUUGUGUGACUGUAACCAUGGACAGUGGAUGUAAUGUUACUAAAUUUUUCUCAAACAGUUCAUGGACUCUGCAGCUCCUUAAAAACGUCUAUUUCACUACUCUUCAGUUUGACAAAUAGCUAUAGGAUAUUUACUAUCAAGCCAUGUGUUCAGGAAUAUAAGAAUAAAUAAACUACGGUUCUUGUCCUCAAAGAGAUUUACCACAUAAGGUAGAAAAUGCUUCUCUGUCACCUUUCUGAAGUCAAUUCAGUUAAAUAUCAAACUGAGUGACUUUUGCACUUCUAAGUAUUUUUUUAAUGCAUGAGACUGUCAUAACAUUCUUUUAUGUGUUGAAGUUUUUUGGGUUUGUUUUGGUUUUCUUUGGGGGUGUGUGGGUGGGUUGAGUUAUAUACAUACACAUAGUAUACCUGUGAUUGAAAUACUUCCAAAAUAUUAUCCAGAGUAGCUAAAGUUUAUAUUCCCAUCAGCAGACCAUAUUUCCCUACAUCCUCACCAAAAAUUAGUAUCAUACCACUUUUUAAUUUUCUGCAGAUCGUAGGGGCAUAAAGUAGUACAUUAUUAUUAUUUGAGUUUGCAUUAUCUGAUUGCUAACAAGAUUGGAAAUGCUUAUGAGACAUUUUGGUUUCUUAUUUUGUGGACUGCCUCUCCUGGUCGAUUUUCAAAAGUUCUUUAUAAAUUGUAAAUAUCAGUCCUUUGUUUUCUAUAUACACUGCAAAAAAAAUUCCCAGAUUAUUAUGUUACUAAUGUCUUUUGUUGAACAGAAAUCUUUAAUGUAGAUAGAUCCAUUACAUUUUCCCUUUACAAGUUAUGCUUUCUGCAUUUUGUUUACAGAAUCUUCUCUAACCCCAGUGUCAUAAAAUUAUUUUCCUACAUUUUCCCCUAAUAAUUUUCUGGAUAUACCCUUCAUGUCUACAUCUGAGUUUCUUUGUGUGUUGGUAUGAUUCAAGUUGUUUGUUUUUUCAUUCAAAUGUGACAAUUUCCCUAAUACUAUUUGUUAAAUAAUGCAUCUUCCCCCAGUGAUCAUGAUAUCAAUUUUAUCAUAUAUCAACUCCUCAUGGGCAUGACUGGUAUAUGAAUCUUUGUACUUAUUAUAUUCCUCUGUUCUAGCAACAGUAUCACAGGCUUUAACAGAUACAGGAUGCUUACAAUAUUAGGGCUUUGCAAUAUGUCUUAACAUCAGGUAGUGUGAACUUAUUUCCUCUACUCUUUUUUUUUUUUUUUUUUUUUUUUAAUAAUCUGUAAACUCAACAUGGGGCUUGAACUCACAACCCCGACAUCAAGAGUUGCGUGCUCUUCUGACUGAGCCAGCCAAGUGCCCCUCCUCUACUAUUUUUUUUGAGAACUUUUUAGUUAUUGGUGGACUUUUUUCUUCUUCCAUGUAAAUUUAGGAUUAGUUCUAAUUCCAUCUAAAGUCUUGUUGUAAUUACAUGAAAAUUAUAAAUCAUUUUAGAGGGAAUUAACAUCUUUACAAUGUUAAAAUCUUUCCUUUUGUAAAAAUUGUGUAUUUCUCCUCUUAUGUCUCUUUUUAACGUUCUUUUGAAUUUUUUCAUAAAGGUCAUUUGUAGUUUUUGUAAAGUCAAUGCCUGGAUUCUUUACAGUUUGGGUUGUUUUGACAUGUUUAUUUUCUAACUGGUUAUUACAGGUAUAUUGGAAGGCUUCUGGCUUUUUAAACAUUGAUUUUGUAUACAAAUACCUUGUUCAGGUUUUAGUCUUCUUAGUUCUAAUAGCUAUCUUUGCUUAAUUUGUAAUGUAAAUAAUCAUAUAAUCUGCUAUAAAUAACAUAAAUUUAAGGAAUUAAAUGUCCCUAAUAGCUCUUUUUUUCUUAUCACAGAAUUUGGUAGUAACUUCCACUAUUAUUACUAAUGA